AAUAAGUUCAAUAAGACUAUAGUAUAAUGAGAUGGACAAUAAUUAUGACAAUUAUUAAUUGUAUGACUAUCAAAAUUUAGAUAGAAGACGAUCAAUAACAAUCUGAUAAAAUAUGGCGCAUAAAUAAAAAAUUUUCGAUGUUAGAAUCAGUCAAAUUAUUUGCCGAAUCAAACGAUCAAUUCUUUCAGCAAGUAUUUCUUGCCAUCCUCCCUUUUCCUCCCUCUUCUCUUCCGAGUUAAUUAAUUUGAAACGGAAGAAAAAAGAAAGGAAGAAAAGAAAAAGUGGGAUAAGACGCGACAUAUUUUGCGACUCCUUUCUUUUCGUCGCGGUGUCUGAGGCAUGAUUAGAUAAGGCUCCGGUUCAUAGUACGUCCGAGAUGCAGACCUCAUAAGAGACCGGGAUGCCCGAGGCUCAGCCUCAGUUAAAGUUGCGUGUGCAAACCGACAAUUAAGGACGGGACGAGCCGCUUUGAGUAGCUCCUCUGCGGAUUGUUGUCAGCAACCACGUCGCCCUAAUUUGGUGUAUGUUUGUGCUGUUCGUUACAUCAGCCUCCGACGAGAAAAGAGACUCGACUAAUUUUCUUUUUUUAAUCCACGGGCGGAGUACGGUCGGCUCCUACUUUAAAUCAACCAUCUCAUCUUAAUCGCGUCUUUCCCUUUCCUUUCGUUGAAAUAACCGACGGUUAUUUCUCAAGAACGAGGUAUGAGUCCUGGAUAUAAGGAUUUCUAUCGAUCGGUUAGUUAUCUCGAUUCGUAACCCUCUUGGACGGAAUUUCUAGAGGUGAGACACUGAACGGGAGACGCGAAGAUGCCCGCCUGUUCGAGCGAGAGCUCGUCCAAAUUAUGGUCCUCUAGCCCGCCGAUGUCUCGAAGCAGUAGCGCGUCGCCGCAGCUACCUGGCACGCCGUUGUCCACGUCGCCACCCCGGAUGUCGCCCGUGUCCACGCUGAAGCGUUCGACGUCGAACAUCGUGUCGACGUCCAACGUGCCAAUUACCAUCUCUCGGGCGUCGUCAAUUUCGAGUAUGCCGACGGUGAUACUUUCCCAAAGACGACAGCAGCAACGGCAGCAACAGCAGCAGCAACAAUCGUAUCAGGCGGGAUAUUAUCAGCACGGUACGGUAACAGCGGAUCGUCAGAACGUUGAGCGAAGCAGCGGUUCCAUACUAUCGAGAAUCUUAUCCUGGUAUUUCGGACUGUUGAUCGGCUUAAUUCGGGGCAUCUUUAACGCCAUCGGCUACAUGAUUUGGGCACCUACCCUCUGGGCGUCCGCCUGGGUCUGCCUGUUCUGGGUGAUUCUGCAACUGCCGCUGACGGCUCUCAAGUGGUUCAUUACCGUGCUGCACACCCCGGCAUACGAGAGAUUACGCAACAAACGGUGCGUGCUGAUCAGCGGCGGUAGCACGGUGCAGGCGGUGCAUCUCGCGCGUAACUUCUACAAGGCGGGCGCCCGGGUGGUGGUGUGCGAGCUCGAGGGCCUGUUCGGCCUGACAAGAUUCUCCACCGCCUGCUCCAAGUACUAUACGAUACCGCGGCCCGGACCCAGAAACGUCGUCGAGUACAUAAAGGCGCUACGGGAUAUCGUCCAGCGCGAACGGGUGGCCUAUUACAUACCGGUGAGCGCCACCAGCACCGCGUACUACGACGCCCUGGCGAAACCGCAUCUGGAGAUCAUGGGCUGCGAGUGCUUCGUACCCGACGCCAGCGAGGUGACCGCCCUGGACGACCCGCUGGAGCUGCUGCGACGCUGCCGCGUGCUCGGUCUCACGACCCCGCAGCACUUCCUGCUGCGAUCGAUGCAGGAUCUGUCCGCGCUCUACGAGCAGAAUACGUUCCGCACCGGUCGGUACAUGAUGCUGGCCGCCGGUCCCGCCGGGAUGCGCGAUCGCGCCAAGAUCCUGCUACCGCCCACCGCCAGGGAAUUCCGAAAUCAACAGCACGAGAUCAACGAGAGGCGACCAUGGGUGGUGAUCCGCGAUCCCGGCGGAGACCACUUCAUCACCUGUACCACGCUCAAGGAGUCGCGGAUCGUGGCGAAUGUGACUUGCCGAGUGGACGAGGACCGGGGUCUCAUACCCGAGGAACGUCCCGAGGUCACGCGGUGGCUCGAGCAGUUCUUAGCCCGUUCCUUCGGCGGCAGAAUCAACGGCCACAUGAGCUUCCGGUUGGCGGUGUCGGAAGAGGCGGGUGAGCUGGUGUCGAUCGACUGCCGGGUGGGUGUAGGCCUGCCCUACAUCUGCCACACGGGGAUACAUCCGCGUCUAGUGUGGAAACCCUGCCGGCACUUCUCCAGGCAGAAUUCGGCGUUGCUGGGCACCCCGGAUCGGCAGUUGCUCUCCGACGCCGUAGCGAGUGCUCUCAAACGACCGACCAGUGAGACCGCACCCCAUCUUUUGGGCACAGUGUUGGACAAGAAGGAGUCCCUUUUCGUGUAUUGGGACCCGUUGCCCUACUGCGCCUAUUAUCAUCUGCAACUGCCAUUUAGACGCGUCGCAGGCGUCAUCAGAACGCAGCAUAACCCACCCCUCGCGGUGGUGCAAUAGGAUUCUUCCCACAUAAAGGGAGAAUUUUUCUUGUUUCGUGUACUGAGAUCCUCUCUGUCACUCCUAUUAUCAUCUACAACUGUCCUUCGCAUCGCGAGGAUCGUCAAGGGGACCAGCCACCUAUUUAGUUAAACUAUAUCACGGUCAAGAGGGUUGUUAUCGAUAUCCGGAUCUCAACGUCAAACGCGUUUUUAAAAAGAAAUGCGAAUGCGCCAAAGAGGAGAACCGUGGGGACGAAUCCCGGACAAAAUCGUACUUAUUUCUUUUUGUGAGUAAUUGUGUAGAGUGUGAUAUUAUUUAUUGGAGAACAAUGUAUCUGCGCGCGAUAUUCAUUUCACACGCGGCUGAAAUCGGCAUCAUCCGCAAAGAGCUACGUAUCCUCUUGUUACAUUUAUCUUGCGUCACAUUGUAACAAGCAUUGUAUAAGCGAAUGAAACUAUAAUGAUACGAUUCCACAUAGAGUGUGUGCGAAAAA